CCAUGCGUCUUACUACUGCUCUUCUCGCCACCGUCACUCUCCUUUGCACUGUCUUCGUAGCGCAGGCAGUCCCUGUUACACCUUCGCGACACGAUGCGAUAGCCUGCGCAAGACUAACAGAUUGCGACUCCUGUGGUACGUCAUAUUUGCGUUGGCUGCCUCCAAGCUGUCAUUCACAAUCCCUGCUAUUGCAGUCCGCGCGAGCCGUUGUGGGUUCUCACUGGACACGCAAACUUGUGAAGCGAAGGAAGACCACGCUGGAAAGCUUGCGACAUCUGCAACUCAAUGCAAGAAGGCGACCGCCGUAAGUACCCUGCACUGUACCUGAUUAGUUUGCGUCAAUGCUGAUGCGUGUACCGUAGAUCCAUGCCGCACGAGAGUGGUAUGUCGCUGCGAGAGCCGAUGUGAAAUGGACAGGGAUAGAGACGC